AACAUAACACAACAACCUCAACUACAACUACAAAUACCAGAAAACCUUUUCCUAGGGUUUACUUUACUUUCCGGAUAACUCAAAAAAAAUAUGUCAUCGAUAACGCCGCCGGCCGAUCCCACCGCUUCCGAUUCCGGCAAAGAAACCGUCAUUACCAACACCACCACCGUUACCGUUACAACACCUACUUCUGAACCCACCGUUACUUCCGAUGCCCUAACAACCACCACUCAGGCCAGUCCACCGUUGGUUUGCCUUUUCCGGUUUGCCGGAGACGCCGCUGCUGGUGGACUAAUGGGUUCCGUUUUUGGUUACGGUUCUGGACUUGUUAAGAAACAAGGGUUUAAAGGAUCAUUUGGAGAGGCAGCAUCAUCUGCUAAGACUUUUGCAAUUCUAUCUGGAGUCCAUAGUCUGGUUGUAUGUUUCUUAAAGAGCAUUCGAGGGAAAGAUGAUGUCAUUAAUGCAGGUGUAGCUGGAUGCUGUACUGGUCUUGCUUUAAGUUUUCCAGGUACACCGCAAGCUCUUCUGCAGAGCUGUGUGACAUUUGGUGCGUUUUCGUUCAUAAUCGAAGGUCUUAACAAGCGGCAGCCCGCAAUGGCCCAUUCGUUUUCUUCCAGGCCCAGAAGAGGCCAACAAGACCAUGGAAUACUUCCUCCAUUGAGCUUUCCUCUUCCAAGUGAACUCAAGGACUCAUUUUCUUUUUUCUGCAAAACCAUUGACCAAAGCUGCAAAAAAGUCAGCCGUCGCUCUUAAUUAACGACUGAGGUUAUAGCUCUUCGUUUCGGAACUUUCGAGAAGUUUCUGCGUGCACUGUCUCUUGUAAAUCUGCAGUGACACGUUGGUUAUGAGGCUCGUUUUUAUGAUUUUCUUGUUGAAAAAUUAAAAUACUUAUUAUGAAUGGCAUAACAAGCUUUUGUUUUUAAAGGUGAAUCAUGUUCUCUUC